GUACUAGGAUCCAAGAAAAUAAAGUCUUCACAGGAUUCAACAAACACAUCAGAGGAUAAUGAUGAUAAAACACCUAAGCUUACCACUGGUCUCCGAUCUUCUUCAAAGAAUGUUUCAAACAAUUCAAAGAACAAAAGAACCACAGUAAAAAGAAAGAAUAACAAGAAAGGAAAGAAAGAAAGAACAGCAACAAGGAACAUUGAGGACCCUCCUGAGCUUAAUAAAGUUCCUCCAUCCUUUGCUGAUAUUAAGGCAAUGACCAAACCAUCAAAAGAUGCUGGUCUUCCUGUUGAUGUUCUGUUACUUACAGUUACAAACUGUGAGUUCUUAGCUUGUUACAGUGAGCUAAAAAAUCCCUAUAGAUGUUGGUUUGAUAGUCUUGGCUAUGUUUACUUUUCUGAUGUGGGUGAAAGUCAAGAGGAGCUGAAAGUUGCUUUAUUAAGAUGUUACAGAAAUGGUAUUGGUCCUGGUGGUGCUCUUGUAUCUGUAAAGAAUGCUGCCUCUGUGCUAAGACCCAAAGCAGUUAUUUCCGUAGGCACAUGUAGUGGCCUGAACCCUGUAAAAUCCAGGUUAGGAGAUGUUGUUGUGUCUGCCAAAUUAGCAACAUAUGCAUCAAAGGUAGUGACCAGCAAUCAAGAGCAGUCAACUGGCAUAAGAAGUUAUGUGAGCAAACGCUUUCUGAAUGUCAUUAAGAAUUGUACUGAUGGGUGGCAAGCACCUUUGAAGAACCCUGAAGCACAGCAAGUUCAAGUUUAUACUGAUGCUGAGUUUCUGAGUGGUCCGGAACAAGUCAGAGCUGAGUGGCGGCGGGAUCAACUUGCUGAAACCAAUCCUCAGGCAAUGGCAAUAGAAAAUGAAGGAGAAGGUGAGUUCACUUUGUAUGCAGCUAGCUUUAGCAAGUAUAUAUAGUCAGGACUCUUUUAAACUUUGUAGCUAUGUAUGUAGCUUUUGAUUCAGUGUUUAUUUUAAGGCAUUGUUCUGACUGUUUGCUUGUUUGAUUUUAAUAAUAAUAUUUACUGCAAAGAUGUUCCUGCUCCCAAUGUAUAGGUCUUCAUUGUUAGUUGUUAGAGCUUUUUCGUCAUGCUAAUGCAGAGGCCAUGGGUUCAAAUUCCCUCUUAUCCCUCCCUAGCUGCCUUUUUUUUUUUUCAGGUUAAUUUGCAUUUGUUUAGAUUGCUGUUAUAAUGACAGUGAUAAUAUCUCCAAAUUAAACCGAUUGACAAAACAUACAUGUAGGUGUGCGGAAGGUGUCCGGUGAAACAGAAGGGAACCCCAAGCAAAUCUAGAAGGUAACCAUGACAACCCUGUGAGUGGCACCUUUCAGGCACCAUCACACUGAGACCUUCAGUGAAGAAAUGCUCCUAUACUUACCAAAAAACAUCCAAAGGGAAGGGAGGGCUGCAGGGAGCAAAAACUGAGCUAAAGCUACUGCAUGCGAAAGCAACAUGAGCAAAAUGAUUGACUUCAGGGAAAGUACUGUAAAAUAUGCGAAAGCCCAAGACUGCCCCAUAUGUAAUUAGUCAUGGAGACUGCUGGCCAGCAUUGUCUCGUGUUUAGCCUCGCCUAAAUUACAUUUAGCCACAUUUAAACCCAUUGACAAUAGGUGGGUGUGGGGAGGACGCAUGGUGAAAUGGAAGGGAGCCAUAAGUGAGCCUUGGAGGUAUCAGUGUAUUCAUGACAACCCCGGGAGUGGUGCCCACCCAAACCAGACUACAGAUGCUUGAAGAAAAAACAGGGAACGCGAACAGUGGAGUCACAGGACCUGGUUUCCCCAAGGGCAUUAAGCACCAACCCCAAACUUGCUCACAAUAAAAGCUGAAGAAAAGCCUUUCACCACUGAAGAUGAAUAGAGGUCCUAAUACCUGCCUGAAGCAUGUCCCCCAGAGCAAUUAAGGUGCAAGCUGUCCAUAACCGCAAUCCAAACGAAAACAACUGGGAAGGAGGCUGUAAAUAUUUCCACAGUUCACACCUUCCUCGUUUUCCAUCCAUCUUCCAACUCCAGUUAGCUUUUAAAUAUUUUGCAUUUUUAUGGAAAGUUUGACUUGCAAAAUAAUGUAAACUACUGUAUAUUGAUGUAGGACUGUCUUCAACUCAAGUGCCAUUUUCUUUGUUGUUCUAUAGGAGUGUUUACAGCAGCAUUUGACUGUCAAAUUGAGUGGUUAAUUGUGAAAGGGAUAGCUGAUUACGCAGAUGGUUCUCAGUUGCCUUCAGAGAGUUGGUCUUCCUGCGCCAGUGUGAUGGCAGCAUCUCUUGUUGCACACAUUUUGAGUGAGCCCUGUGUUUUUCAUUCAUGGCCUCAUUACCAAGGUAAAUAUUUCUCAUAAUGUUAUGCUUUUUUUGGCGUGUUGUUUUACAGAAACUAGUGGUAUAUUAGAAUGUACCUCCUUGAUGCCAUAGUAAGCUCUAUGGCAUUAAGCUCCCUUGUCAUUUUAAACCAAAAAGAGGUUGAAGUACAGUCAUGUAACUGAACAAAAAAGUUGUGGAUUUUGUGUGAAAUAGGGUUUAGAUUAGAAGAACCUUAGGUUUAACAACUGCCACCAAGUGUUCUUAGCUGCUGAGUCUGUUUUUUCCAACAGUCGUAUUGAGCUGACCACAUAGCUAUAUUUAUUGUUUAAAGUGUUAAAACUGCACUAGUCUUGGUAUUAUGCAGUUUUAGUGAUGUCAUUAGUAGCAGUUAUUUCUAGUAGAUUUCUUGAAUGUAAGUGAGAGUAACUGAACAAAAAAAGUUGUGGAUUUUGUUGUGAAAUAAGGUAUAGGUUAGAAGAACUUUUUUAGGUUUAACAACCACCACCAAGUGUUCUCUGAUGAGUCUGUGUUUUUUUUGUUUGUUUUUGUUUUUUGUUUUUUUUUUCAGCAGUCGUAUUGAGCUGACCACGUAGCUAUAUUUCUUUUUUUAAGGGUGCUUUCGAUUGGGAAAUCUGGAUUUAGAUCUUAAAAUCCGGAUUUUGGAUUUGAGAUAUCUUUUUUUGGAUUUCCUUUGUACCGUUCGACUGGGAAAUCCGAAAAAGGAUUUGACAAACUGUCCUUAAGAAAAGUAGUCUUGCACGUGCAUGCAUAAUUAGCAAAAAGAAGACCGCUCUUCACGAGAAUAGUUUUGCAAAUCUUUUUUCGGAUUUCCCAAUCAAACAGUAAAAAGGAAACCCAUGAAAUCCAGAUUCACCCUGAGGACGGAUUUCUCAGAGAUGAAAUCCGUUUUCGGAUUUCGCGUUUGAUUGCAAGCUCCGAAGUCCGGAUUUCAGAAUCUAAAUCCGGAUUUCCCAAUCAAACGCACCCUAAGUGUUAAAACUACACUUGUCUUGAUAUGCACUUCUAGUGAAAUUAUAAGUAGCAGUUAUUUCUAGUAUAUUUCUUGAAAGUAAGUGAGAGAUCUCUUUUUGUUGAAGAUAUAUCAGAGCAGACCUCAGCGAGCAGAUCAAAGGAACAGUUACCAAGUCCUUCAGGUACCAAUUUAUGGCUCCAGUCCACACGAAUCCAAAUAUUUUUUGAAACCACAUAUUUUUUUACAUGAAUAGGCCACAGAUGACUGAGCAGAUUCACUGGUUUAGUGUUUAGGGAAGGCCGUGUUGUGAUAAAGAAAAUGUUCAGUUUCAGAAAUAUCCAGAUUCGUGUGGAUGGGGCCUUAAUGUUUAAUGCUACAUUGCACAUGUACAAUCCAACAUGUUACGAGUUUAAGAUACAUUUUCCGUUCAUUUUCGCUUCCUCUUGUUGUUUUUCUCUUGUUUUCUUAUUUCUUUCUCUUUUUUCUCUUGUUGUUGGUUAUAAUUUUUUUGUUUGUUUUUUCUUGCCAAAUGUUUUUGGAACUGUCAUAUCAGGGGUGUCGUGUACAUUAGCUAAUAAUUGGGCAAAAUUAUUUUGUACUGGGUGGGGGGGCACUUAUUUGGAGACGGGUGCUAUUCGAACGUUUGCAGUACAUGUGUUUCGUUUAAUUAAAAAAAAGACCCUCUUCCCUCUCCGCUAUUAAGUUCUCUUGUCUAAUUAGCUGCUAUUUGCGCUCUGUUCCUUAGCUUAUUUGUUAAAUAUUAUUAGUAAGGUUUUCCCACCCUUAGCCUGACCAACGGAUUACAGCACAAAACAACAACAGCAACAACUACACUGAAAAACACAGCUUCUGUUGAAACCAUGUGUAACGUCAUUGAACGUGUUAAAAUAAUCACGACAUUUUAAUUUUUUAAUACUAAAUAAGAAGGGGAGGCCAGUAUAAUGUAAACUAACUGUAGUAUAAAAGUUUUGAAAUCUAUAACUAUCUCAAAAAUUGAUCAACAAGUCAGUCUCGCGACAGAAGGUUGUUUAAAAAACCGGUGGUAUAAGACUUGGUAAUAAGCUUAACGCAUAAAGAAUCUUGCUCCAGUGUUAACCUGAGAUCAGGCUCUAUUUUUAUUUCACGCUUAGAUGUACAUGGCCACAAUAGAAAAACUACCAUUAUAAGUACCACCACAAAACUUGUACCAUUAACUUUCUACUACUCAAUGCGUUCGAGAGGAUUUAAAAGAGAUUUACUUUUUUAUAUAAACAGAUGCUGCAACUGCUUUUUUGGAGUGGAAUCAAAAUCAGCUUUGCUCAUUUUACAACAGUACCGCGAGCCAGUUAAUGAUUACUCCUUGGGACCGGGGUAAUACCAUGGACAUUGAUGAGGUGUAUGUACAGUUAACACUGCUAAGAGAUGACAGAAAACUUGCUGGAACAACACAAGAAGAGCUUCAAGAUUACAGUGAGCUAUUCGCAAGCCAUGGUCAUCAUCUAAUGCCUAAGAGAAUUUUAGUGUAUGGGAGGCCAGGAAUAGGAAAGUCGACAUUGACAAAGAAACUCGCCGUUGACUGGUCACGAGGUAAUAAAGAAAUCCUAAAGAAGUUUGCUGUUGUACUUUUGAUCAAGCUCCGUGAUGUUUGCAACACGCAAGACUUCCGUGCCAUGCUACAAAAGGCGGAGCUUUUGUCCUCAGGUGAUGCUAUGGUAUUUAGUCAGUUGUAUGAUUACAUUCUUCGUAACCAACAGAAAGUCCUACUUAUUUUAGACGGUUAUGAUGAAUAUAGCGCCGAAACGUUAUCGCCAGUCCAUCAGAUUUGGAAAGGCAGUCAACUGAGAGAUUGCACUCUUCUUGUGACGACCCGACCUCGGAAAAAAGAUGAGUUAAGACCAGGAAGUCAUGCUCAGUUUGAAAUUAAUGGGUUUGAUCGGUGGCACGUUUUGACAUUUGCUCUAAAGUUUCUUCGCGACCAAAGAGAACUAUUAAAGUUUAGAGAUUUCUUGAAUGGACGCGACCUGUGGGACUUGGCGGAAAUACCUCUUCUACUGUUAAUGUUGGUUCUAAGCUGGAAGGUUUCUGAUUAUCAAGGACCAUCAACAUCUCGCGCAAAUCUGUAUGACAGUUUUUGUCAGACGCUGCUUGAUCACGUGACCGCAAAAGCCUCAGAUGAGACAUUUAGAAGCAUGGAUGAAUACAGAGAAGACCUCGCAAAGUUAGGGGAACUUGCCUGGCAGGCACUUUUAAAUGACUGUCUUUAUUUCAAGCUCAGCAAUGUGCCUAAGGACAUUCGGUUAUUCCUCGACAAGUUUAUGGAUUUUGNUGAAUACAGAGAAGACCUCGCAAAGUUAGGGGAACUUGCCUGGCAGGCACUUUUAAAUGACUGUCUUUAUUUCAAGCUCAGCAAUGUGCCUAAGGACAUUCGGUUAUUCCUCGACAAGUUUAUGGUUUUUGGCUUUCUGCAGACUUCUAAUCUUUCAAACUCUCCUCGUCCUGAGAAACUGGCGUUCUUUCUCCAUAAAUCGGUGCAAGAGUUCCUCGCCGCCUCGUUUUUAGUUCGUGGUGUAGAAAAUGCCAACGAAUUCUUCAACUGUCUGUCUAAAGUCGACUCAUUUGAACAGUUCAUGGAGCUAUCUGACGUUUUCAAAUUUGUUUCGGAGUUGUCAUCAAAAGCUACCGUUGCUGUUUUUAGCCAUCUGAAGAUGAUAGGAGAAAAAGAAGGUCUGACUGAUCACAACUUUUGUGAAAACCCCUCUAUUGAGGAGCUCACUGAAGAACAACGAAAGUUUUAUCGUAUUAGCCCCGGUCUUUUUUUUUCUUGCCCCGCUUCAGAUAGGAAAAAUGUCUAUCCUUCAUUUCUGCAAUGCGUUAAUGGUCUUUUAUUGAUAGACCAUGAACAACUGCCUAAAGUUUCCAGCGAACAUUGCCUGAGAUCAACAAAUUUCCAUAAGCCGGAUUAUGUAUUUUUUGAUGUAGAGGAUUACUACUUGAAAGAGUGGGAUGAUCAAAUGUUUUCUGUCGCGUCCGAUUUGGAUACUGUUAUUGUGACAUGUUCUGGUGACGUAAAAUCCGUCAAUAGGUACGACCAUUCAUUGCGUCGUGACUAUUUCUUAAAGAAAGUCGGACAUCGAUUUGUGUGCUAUUUAACUCACCGUGAAUACCUGCCCAUUGGAGUGCUUACGUCAUUAAUAUCAGCACCAGAGUCCUCUCUUCAAAAGCCUGAGCACAAGUUACAGAAUCAUGAUGUUUGCAGCUCUUUGCAUUUAACUGAGAAAACAUCUGACCAGACUCUGAAGCACUCUUUGUCAUAUUUGAGAGCGAUUGAAUUUCAGGGUAUUGAUGAGGACCCAACAAGUGAACUUGGUGAACUUGUCAUUUUACUGAAUAAUCUUCAGCAUGUGCCUCGACUAUCUGAGCUUGGGUUAUGUGGUGUUGGUAUGGGGAAUCAAGAGUGUCAGUUACUUGCCACUGCUUUAAAGUAUGUUGAUAAGUUACGCUUACUGAGGUUAUCAGGUAACCCACUCGGUCACGGGAUAAGUGAGCUUGCCAAACACCUGCACAGUGUACCUCAUCUGGAAGAGCUGCAUCUGGCUGAUACACAGAUCGGUGAAGAGGAAGUCACAGCUUUAGCCCUUAGUUUAAAGAAUGUGACUCAGCUGAGUGCACUUGACUUAUCAAACAACCCACUCGGUCACGGAGUAAGUGAGCUUGCCAAACAUCUGCACAGUGUGCCUCAUCUGGAAGAGCUGUACCUGAAUAAUACACAGAUGGGUGAAGAGGAAGUCACACCUUUAGCCCUUAGUUUAAAGCAUGUGACUCAUCUGAGUGCACUUGACUUAUCAAACAACCCACUCGGUCACGGAGUAAGUGAGCUUGCGAAACAUCUGCACAGUGUACCUCAUCUGGAAGCGCUGCAUCUGGCUGAUACACAGAUGGGUGAAGAGGAAGUUACAGCUUUAGCUCAUGUACUCCUCUGUGUACCAAAAUUGAGCGAUCUUCGGCUUGACCAAAAUCCACUGGGCCGCGGAGUGACUGAACUAAUCAAGUGUCUCAGAAGUAGUCCUCAGGGUUUCAGUCUCAGUCUAACGGAGGUUCAACUGACAGAGAAAGAAGCGACUGAGCUGUGCACUUUAGAAAAU